AUGUUUUAUUAUGGACAGAACAAUCAAAGCAAUCUUUUGCUGCCGAACAACACAAACAGCGUAAAGUACGAGCGGUAUAUCGUUUACAGUGUCAUCCUGCUAUUUGUCGCAGCAGCUUUGGUCAUUUCGUGCUACUUUCUCUACAAGUCGCUUCCUGUCCGCGAAGAGCCCAAUGAUCAAGGAACCAUUUUUGGUAACAAUUAUGUCUCGCACACUAUCCCAAAUCUGGGCAAUGGACACAUGCUCAUUGACCGCAACAACUGGGGAGCACAGCAAGGAGUGCAGGGGAAGUACGAACUGGUUCCCCCGAUUCCCUACGUUUUGAUCACACACAUCGGAGUGCACUCGCGGCAGUGCAUGAAUGUGCACACUUGCUCCAUCCAGAUGAGAACCCUCCAAGAUGCCGCUAUCGCCGAAAAGAACCUUCAAGACAUACAAAGUAAUUUUUACCUUGGUGGAGACGGCAAUGUCUACGUUGGACGUGGCUGGAAUAGGGCGAAUGCGUACUCCAUGCGUACUCUGGCGAUUUGCUUCAUGGGCGAUUAUGGCCGCUACGAGCCAAACGAAGAUCAGUUUUCAGCUCUAGAACAUCUUCUUACAUAUGGAGAAACGCACGGUCUAUUGACACAAGACUUUCGGCUAGUUGCUCAUAGUCAGACACGGUUCACUCGCAGUCCAGGCAUUAAACUGUACGAAAAAAUAAUCAAACUUCCACGAUGGAAUCCUUGUGGAACCCCAGGAUAUGAACACUGCGGCCUAGAGAUCGGUUUGCCAAAGGUUUGGGACCUAGAGUAUGGUAAACCAGAGGUUUCCUUUACCAGCAAUGGUACGGUCGAGGCAACGUCAACGGUUGGUUAUAGCAACGUGAAUAUGUUUCCGAAGACUUCAUUUGAUAGUGAGGCGACAGAAUAG